AAAAUAAUAUCGCAACGCAGUCUCGUUCUCAACGCAAUCGAUCGGUUUGCUCUUCCAGUGUAUUCGUGCACAGCGCAUGUAGUAGGGUAAACUGUGUCGAUAGACCAAAAAGUUACAGAUUUUUUGUGUGCCAUGAUAUGAUUGUUUGGAAAAAUUCAUUGUCGUCGCAAAACCCUCUAUACGGUGUCGGUUCCGCUCCAGAUCUCGCACGAUUCGUCUUUAUGCAACUAUAACGAAAGGGAUGGUGUAUAAUUUUGAAAAUUAAUACCACCAUCGUUUCAUUGAAACAAUUUCCCCAUUCAUGCCCCGGAGCUUUGUGCGCCGCGGAACUUUAAUCAAGAUCGUUUCUUGCGUUGGAAACAGUGAGAACCUCGGUGAAAAUUCCGGGAUCCUUAUAGUUCCAAAGGCGCGCAUGAUUCGACGCUACGAGGCAAACGGAUCAGGUAAAUUUAAGCAUGCGUUUCAUAUAGUACGCGAGUCUAGCAGUCUAGGAGUCUAUACCGUGAAAAUACAUACCUCACAAAUGUCCCCAUGCCUCUCUUGGGGAUAUUUUCUCAAGAAACUUGGGAUACGUCGCAAAAGGACUCUCUCCAUAGACGCUGAUGCUCCGACUGCUGCUUCAGGAGAUGAGCGUCAAAGAGAAGAUUCGCCGGAAAUGCCAAAUGUUGCGCCGGAGGUGCGACAGAUGCACGAAAAUAACAAAUACGACGUGAGCCUUCUACAUCCUAAUUGGCGAAGAUUUCCUCACGCACCGCUUUACGGCUGGACGAACGAUCACGCGCAGCAGUUGAAAAGCUUGAACGACAUGAUAAUUAAUGGCAGCUUGGAGUCGGCUUACUAUAACUCGGAUGCGGAGUACAGGGCAGCGUAUUUCAUUAACCAUUAUGCAAUUCUUCCCCCUCCGAAUGUGAGUGACAUAAAUGAAGCGGUUUUACUGCUCCGUCGUAAUCAAGGAUUCCAAAAUAACUCCUGCUGCAACGAAAGCCUAGUUGAGUACGAUGCGGAUGACGAGUCAGAAAACAAACCAGGAUUGCAACGCUACUACAAUCACCAUAGGCCGAGAAGACACGUAGGGCAACGAACGGUGGUGUAGAGAUGCCUUGUGUAAUUUGGAUUUUCGAUGUUACCUCAUGGAUCACACGCAUGGAUCGUCGUCAACGAUAGGAAAGUAAUAACACAUAAAUGAUCGUCUAGAAUUUUUAUAUUAAAAUGGAAAUGUCUAAUAUUUGUAUGAGGAGCCCGAGUGAUCACGUUAUAUGGCUUCCAAAUAUUUGCUCUUUUGUGCAAAUAGCAAAAUGAAGAAUACAGAAUAAUUAAUGUGAGAUUAUUAUGUAACGUAAGGAUUCUUAAUAAAGUCAGUCAGUCCGGCGCUCUUUGUGCUUGGA